AUGGGAAGUUUUAAAUACGAUAUUGUGACCUUAAUAGAACUUGUAGAAUCCAAACCGUGUUUAUGGGAUAAGCACAAUGAAAACAAUAAGAACAAAAUACUAAGAGAUAAAAGUUGGCAAGAAGUUUUUCAGUGUUUAGAAGAUGGUUAUGAUCAACAUUCACAGGUCGAAAAGAAAAAGAACGGGGAGUUAAUAAUGCACAAAUGGUCUAAUAUCAGAGAUUCGCUUAUGUUAUCGUUAAGUCUUUGCGAACUAAAAGUGGUCAAGGAGCGAAAAGAAACAUCUGCAUCAAUUCCUAAUGUGAACAAGAAAAAGUCGAACAAUCAAAAACAAACGCAAGUAGAUAUAGAGGGCAACAUUUUGGAGCAACUAAAUAAAUUGGAGAAGUCACAGGAAUCUCCUACUCAAGCAGCGCGCAAGUACCAGCACACCGACCAAGAAAUGUUACUUUUAUCCUUUUUACCAUAUGUACGAGAUAUGAACGAAAAUGAGAUGUUUGAUCUUCAAAUGGAAGUUCUACAAACUAUCAGGAAAAUUAAACAUCAUCGCGGUUCACUUCAACAAGCUUGUACGGGAACUUCAACAGUAUAA